UAUUCUUUCUUCCUAAAGUGAAACUGUAGCCAUCCACCCUCUUCUCCUGGUUUCAGGUGAGGACUUACGAAUUGUGGGUGUUGUAGUCUUCUGCCUUUUAGGGUUUCUGGUUGGGCAGCCUGGAGCUACACUGGGAGGACUUCUAGUCCCAGGUGGCUCUGUAAGCUGCAGUUCGGUUGCCACAUGCAGAGCAAGACACCUUCAGAGAGUGGCUUAAGCAGAGUGACUUCCAUUCACUAACAUGAUGUUCCUGAACUGAAGAGGCUUGGGUUCAUUUCCACAACUGUGGAAAAAUGUUAACCAGUGAAAGAGCCCAUUUUUGGUUAGUAUGAAUGUCACGAAGCAUAUCUGAAGGAAGUAUGAUUGACAUGGAAGCCCAAAAAUCAUCAAAAAAUUGCAAUAUCACAGACUCAAGUUUGUUUCUCAAUUGGCCAGAUGCUUUCACACUUCACAGCAAUAAUGUUUCCAAAGCUACAAAUCCAUUCUGGAAUGAACUGUCUGCUUCUAAUCCAUUUUUAGAUGAUGUAACUCAGCUAAGAAAUAACCAGAAGAAAGAUAAUAUUUCCAUCUUGAAGGAAGAUCCUUUUCUUUUUUUAAGAGAAAUCAAAACUGGAAAUUCUUUGGAUUCCUCUGGUGGUGGACUUGCUGUGCAUCAGUUGUGUAGGCAGUCUUUCUCAAGGAAAUCAGUGAGAUCUAAAAGUGUUUCAGAACUUUUGGACAAGUUAGAUGACACAGCACAUGCCUGUCAGAGUAUACGUAACUCUGACCAGAUUCUGGAACACGACUUAGAAUGGCUUCAAAAUGACCGAGAGGCUUAUAAAAUGGCUUGGUUAAGUCAACGCCAGUUGGCCCGCUCCUGCCUGGAUUUGAAUAUAAUUAACCAGAGUCCUGGAUGGGCCCAAACCCAAGUUGCGGAGACUGUGGUAGUUUGUAAAUUAAGCCACCAAGGAGGGUCAGUACAAUUACCUGAGUCAGAUAUCACUGUUCACGUGCCCCAAGGUCAUGUAGCUGUGGGUGAAUUCCAAGAGGUAUCGCUAAGGGUUCAUCUUGAUCCUCCACAAAUGCUUAAUCAUGAUCUUUCAUGCACUGUAAGCCCACUGCUGGAAAUCAGGUUAGCCAACCUUAACACAAUGGAAGCCAUUUUGCUGGAGAUGAAAAUCGGGGCUGAAGUGAGAAAAGAUCCUUUCAGCCAAGUCAUGACAGAAGUGGUGUGUUUGCACAGCCCAAGUAAAGAAGGCCCUUUCACGGUGUUAAACUACUGCUACGUUUACGAAGACACCAUCCAAGUCAAGCUAAUAGAUUUGAGUCAGGUGAUGUAUCUAGUGGUUGCUGCACAAGUUACAGCUACUCAGUCACCAGCUGCCACCAUCUGGGAUUAUAUCCACAAAACCACCUCAAUUGGAAUUUAUGGGCCCAAAUAUAUCCAUCCCAGUUUCACUACUAUUUUCACAGUUUGUGGGCACAGUUAUAUGCCGGGAAAGCUUACAAUCUCUGAUAUUAAGAAGGGUGGAAAAAACACCUCUCCAGUUGUGUUUCAGCUUUGGGGAAAGCACUCAUUCUUACUUGACAAGCCACAAGAUUUAAGUAUUUCUGUUUUUUCAUGUGAUCCUGGUUUUAAAGUAAAAACAGAAGGAAAAAGAAAAGAACUUAAACAAAAGCAGUUGCAAGCAAGUCAAGUAGUUCAUCAACAAUUUUUGUUUUCUUUAGUUGACUCCAGGAAAAUGCACUUAUUUGUUUUCCAGGUUCAAUUGGGGCCUCCUAAUGGUAGACCAGUGACACAGUUCUUUAUCACUACACCUGAUCCAGCCCCAAACCUAAAAAGAUACUUAAGUCUGCCAGGUAAUUUGCAGAAGGAGAAGGAAAUCAAGCUUGCUCCUUCAUUACCAACAGUGCAUGUUAAAUACCCCACAUUUCAAGACAAAAAAUUAAACUUUACCAAAUACGGAGUGACUCUGAAGACAGUGCUAAGACAAAACAAGAUUGACUACUUACUUGAAUAUAUCAAAGGGGACACAAUAGCUCUUCUUGGAGAUGGUAAGGUAAAAGCCAUUGGGCAGUCCAGAGUGAAAGAAUGGUAUGUGGGGGUCCUGAGAGGUAAGAUUGGACUUGUACACUGCAAAAACGUCAAGGUGAUUGCAAAAGAACAAGUAAUAUCAGUGUCAGAUCGUGUCUUUACGACCAGGAACCUUCUGGAACAAAUUGUCCUGCCCUUUAAAAAACUGACUUAUAUCUAUUCAGUUAUAUUGACAUUGGUGUCAGAAAAAGUUUAUGAUUGGAAAGUCUUAGCUGACGUCCUGGGUUACUCACAUCUGGCACUGGAAGGUUUUGAACGAACACACGCAGACAAAGAAUCAGAAAAAGUUUCUUAUGUUUUAAAGAAGUUAAAGGAAGAUUGCCAUGGAGACAAGAAUACCAGGAAGUUUCUUUAUGAGCUUGUUGUGGCCCUGCUGAAGAUGGAUUGCCAAGGGAUAGUAGUGCAUAUCAUCCAAGAGGCUGUGCUCCUGACUUCAGCUGUCAAGCUGGGAAAAGGCUGGAGGGAACUAGCUCAAAAGCUAGUACGAUUCACAAAGCAACAAGUGGAGGCAUAUGAAAUUCCUCAUCGAGGAAAAGCUGGAGCUGUUCCUGUGGAGAAUUAAAUUUUGUAAAAAUAUGGAUGUUCAUGAUACCCAAGUAAUGCCAGCGUGGACAAAUAACUUCAAAUGAUCUUUUGAGCCUAAUGAAUGGCCUUUUGUAUAGAUUGACUUGAAACAUAAUGAUACUCCUUAUAUAGGUCUUUCAUUCUUUUAACUUACAUCGUAGCAUAUAUUGGGGAUAUCAGAGGGGGGUGAACAAUUAUAUCCCAAGGCCCUACUUUAUUUGAUAUUACUGUCAAUGGGAGCCCUAUUUUAAGAAAGCAACUCUGCAUAAUGUUUAGCUCAGUCUGUGUUCCUGCAUUUUGCAAGUGAUAACAUUACAAAUUAAUUAGCUUAGUGAGCCCAAAUAAGUAGCAAGUAAUAAAGUUUAUUAUUUUCCAAAGAUUCCAAUUAUAACUGGAUGGUUCAUUUUGUUGUUUUCCUAGAGAAAAUUGAUUUUAAGGUGUCUCUGUGUGUGAGUAUUAUACAAUUUGUCUUAUUUGGUCAGCCUUUGUCUCUAUUCUCUCUCAGCCUGGUUGCCCUGGUUACCAUUACACAUUCUCCUGUGCAUGAAGAUCCUCUCUGACGUGCAUUUAUUUCUAUGGAAACAAUGAUGUCACUGGUUUGGGUGGGUAAUGAGGGAAAGCAUAAUGAAGUGUUGAAUAUUGAUCUUUCUUUUGGGCAUAAAAUGUAUUAUUAAAUUACAUUUUUAAUUAGAUUUUUGCUUUCCCUUUGACGUGGUCAUGCAGCUACAUUUUCCCUUCUUUAUAGACUUGCUUGAAUAAAAUGACUUUAAGCAUUGAAAUACUGUACAUCUCCUUAUGAUAUGUGGUCAUAAAGCUCAACACAGAUACAUAUAA